AUUCAAUUCAAUUGAAUUCAAUAAAAGAACAUUUUAAUUUCUAUUUUCCUGAAAACCUUAAUUGUUGAAAAGAAAAAUACCUAAUUCUUCUCUCUUUCUCGUGCGAUUGCUUCUACAAUCACAGUGUUCAUUCUUCUCCCUUCGCAGUUCUUAACUUCAGAGUUCACUCACAACACAGGUUAGUUGAAAAGGUAGAAAUAAGAAAAUGUUUUUCCACAUUGUGUUGGAGCGAAACAUGCAACUUCAUCCACGCUACUUUGGACGUAAUCUUCGCGAUAAUCUUGUUUCCAAGCUAAUGAAAGAUGUCGAAGGCACUUGCAGUGGCCGACAUGGAUUUGUGGUGGCAGUGACAGGAAUUGAAAACAUCGGGAAAGGGUUAAUUCGUGAUGGGACUGGGUUUGUGACUUUUCCGGUGAAGUACCAAUGUGUUGUGUUUAGACCAUUUAAGGGAGAGAUUUUAGAAGCUGUUGUUACUAUGGUGAACAAGAUGGGAUUUUUUGCUGAAGCUGGACCGGUUCAAAUCUUUGUUUCCAAUCAUCUGAUUCCGGAUGAUAUGGAAUUCCAGUCUGGAGACAUGCCUAACUAUACUACUUCAGAUGGAUCAGUGAAAAUCCAGAAAGAUAGUGAAGUGAGACUGAAGAUAAUUGGGACUCGAGUGGAUGCCACUGAAAUUUUCUGCAUAGGUACCAUAAAAGAUGAUUUCUUGGGAGUAAUCAACGACCCUACAACAGUUUAAAUGCACCUUCAUGUACCCUUCUAUCGUAUAGUUUGCAUGGCAUGGAUUGUUUAACCUUAAAUCUCAGAUAUCAUGUUGAUGUGAUUGUCCCUUAACUUCGAGAGUUGACAGAAUUAGUUGAUGCAACAAAUUCUCUUAAUGAUUACAAUUGGUGUAUUAAUAUUUUGUAUCUGUCAACUACCUUUAUAUUGCACCCAAAAUUAGUUUCCCUUCA